UUCGGAAAAUAUGGAAAAGAGAAUCGACCAGCUUGAAAAAGACAUCAAUGAGGUCUUCCAAUGGAAGAGCGCUAUUCUUCCAAUAGUACAACUUGUCAAUUCCAACCAACAAGACUUUUCAGAAGUAUUAAAAUAAUGAAAUAUAUGGAACCAUAGUUGCAAGAUAUGACCUAGACAGACUUCCAGCCUCAGUUGAGACCUUGGAGAAAUAAGACAGGCAGAUUGGCCGGAUCAGUUGAUUUUAUCAAUAUUGAACUUGAGAAGAAAGCUACCCUCAGUGAUUUUGUAGACUUCAAAGAAAGAAUCACAAAUUAUUACUUGCCAAGAGCAGAGGCAGAGGAAUUUGCUACCCAAACCACUGUCUUAAGACUUGACGAUAAAGUUCAUUCAUUCAAAGCAGAUUAUCUUUCUCGUAAAGAAUUUAGUGACAGGAUGAUAGAAUUUAGAAACCAAAGUGAGAAACUAUACUGCUCUAAGAGUAUUAUUUCUCAAGAUAUAAAUCGAAUAAUGACGAAUCUCCCAAAACUUGAUAAUGAGAUCAAGAAUCUCUCUGAGAAAAGUGAAAAAUUAAAUACAUCUGUUCUCAAUCAAAAAGACACUUUGAAGAAGAUAAACCAAGAGUUGAGUUCAAAACUGGAUAUCAGCUACAAAGUGGAGGUUGACGAAAAUCUUGCAAAAUUUUGAAAGUACCAGCACAUAAAAGAUCUCAAAACAGAAGUGAAUCGUUCCAUCUCUAAAUUUAAGGAAAAUAUUCAAAAAUUCAAGACCUAUAUCACUGGCUUUGCAAAGGAUAUCAAGAACAGUAAGGAGAUCAUCCAAAGAUUUGACGAACUUAUCUGUGAUAAAGCAUCAAAAUUUGAACUUAAGAAUUCAGUCGCCUCCAUAGAAAACCUGAGUAAAGAAAUACAGAAAAUCCAGACUACUGUGGAUGAAGAUCAAACUUCAGAGGAAAUCCAGGAGAUUUACUCCCAAUUAAAGACUCUUAAGAACGAAGCAUCUGGUUUUCAGUCUUCAAUAGCUACAAAAUUCGACUCUUCAGUGGAGUCCUUCUCACUUCAAUUAGAACAAAAUAUGAUGAAAUUUAUUGAUGAGAAUUGAGUGACUCACAAGAUAGUUGAGAAUAUAAAAGAUAGUAUCUCCCUCAAAGCUGACGAGAAGAAGUCAAGUAAGGUUACCAAGACUUUGCUGAAGCAAAUCAGCAUGCUCAGUGUCAUUUUGGUAGAGAAACUCAGAAUAGAGUCCAUUGAGAAAGAAGAAUCAGAAAUUUCUAAAAAUAAGAAGCAGCAAUAUCUACUGAAGCAGUCUAUUUCUCUGCAAAGAUGGAUAGAUCAGUUUCAGAAUUUUGAAAAUGGCAAUAUAAGUCAAUUCGUCAGAGGAAAGCAUAACAUAACUUCUUUAUCAAUGGCUCCUAAAGGACUUGAAGAAUUAAAAAUGGCAGUUGAUGGAGAGAUUGAUAAUGUAACUGCGAGCUUCGCAUCGAAGAUUAAGUCUAGGUCCAAAUCAAAAGUCUCUAGUCCAAGAGAUGAAAAUAAUUCAAAGAAUGAUAGAUUGUUUAUCUCUUCAAUCACUCCUAACAUGGAUAGAAAACAUGGUACUUAUUUUGGCAACAGAGCUAUUUCAAAGAGAUUUAGUAUUGGUGAAGAAGACUCAUAUUACCCUAAAAUCUCUCAAAGAGAGCUGAUGAACAAAAGUGAAAGUGGUACUUCAAUGUACAUAAGUCGUAAGAAAAGGAUAGCAACUACAGAUACUAUAAAAACUUCUUUUCAGAAAAUUAAACAGGUGAUAAAGAAGAAGCCACAGUUGAACAUAACUUUAAACAAAAUGUAUUAUAGCCAUGACAAAGACAGUGCCACUCGUAUAAACUGAUAACUGAGCUUAAAAGCUAAAUUUCAACA